AUGCCAGUCACAAAUCUUUCCUCUUUAAAUGCAAUGCUCGCAGCAUAUGCCUUGCAUGGGAAUAUAGAACAGGCAAAGAAUCUCUUCGACAAAAUGCCCGAACAUAACGCUCUCUCUUGGAAUAUCGUACUAGCCAUGUAUGCGCAGCAUGGGUAUAUUAGCAAAUCAAAGCAAGUUUUUGAUGAGCUAAAAGAUGCUGACCUGAUCUCGUUCAAUACCAUGCUCUUGGCAUAUACCCAAGCAGGGGAUAUUCAGAAGGCAAAGAAGUUUUAUGACUCAAUGCAGUAUCACAGCAUGGUAUCCGUGAACACUUUGCUUUUCGCAUAUGCCCAACAUGGUUUUUUAGACGAGGCCCAAGUCUUGUUUGAUUCGGCGCCUGAAAAAAGUUCUGUGUCAUGGAACUCUAUUUUGCUAGCAUAUGCCCUGGCUGGGCAGCACGAAAGAGUCGAACGAAUCUUCGAAUCAAUGCCAGAAACCAACAUUGUCUUGUGUAAUGUUUUCCUUGCGGCUUAUGCACGCGUCGGAAAAAUCGAAAAAUGUCGCCAAGUUUUCGAUAGAAUGAACUACGCGAAUCUAUUCGCGUGGAACACACUGCUCGCAGCAUAUACCCAACUCGGGCACAGCGAAGAAUCUAAGCAAAUGUUUGAUGCCAUGCCCGAGCACAACCUGGUAUCACUAAAUGCCUUCCUUUUGGGCCGGUCUGUGUGGGAGACACAAAGAAUGUUCUCCUGGAUUCCACAGAGAGACAUGGUGACGUGGAACACCAUGCUGCAGGCAUAUACCCAGCACGGGCAUAUGCGGCCGGCCCAGAAAUUAUUCUCCACGAUGCCCGACCGGAAUCUCGUCUCGUGGAACGCCAUGCUGGCCGGAUAUUCCCAGAACAAGCUCUUGCGCGAGAUUAAAAACGUCUUCCACGCCAUGGUGAUGAGCGACAUUUUCCCAAACGAGAUCUCCAUGCUGUCCAUGAUUUGUGCUACGAGCCACUCGGGCAAGGUGAGCUCCGGAUGCUUCCGCUCGAUGAUCGUGGAUUUUGGGCUGGAACCAUCCAAGCGGCACUUUUGCUGCGUUGUUGAUAUGCUUGGACGAGCUGGACACUUGGAAGGCGCUCACAGUCUCGUCCAAUCCAUGCCUUUUGCUCCCGAUUCUUUCGAGUGGACGAGCCUGCUUGGAGCUGACCACAGCUCCACCACUCGAGAAAGGAUUACUGCCCAGGAAGUUCUCGAUUUGGAGCAACUGGAUGGAGCUGGCUAUGUGUUGCUCGCAAACACUGGUCUUAACGCAGGAGCUCAUUGA